GUCGUUCAAACUUGUCCGAACUAUGCUUUCGUUGUCUGCGGUGCUUGCUUGCCUCCUGGAAUCAUCAAUCUCUGAUUAGGGCAAGUUGAAAAGCAAAUAGCAGAAGAAAAAGGCACUUUCUGCUCUGUUCUAACCGUAAGAAUCAGCAUGAGUACCCAAGAUAGAAAGAGAGCUGAUAUUGAAGGGGGCAAACAAGAUAGAAUCAGUGAUCUUCCAAGACACAUUUUAGCUAGUAUCGUUGAGCUCUUGCCACCUAAAGAUGGUGCAAGAACUUGUGUCUUGUCAAGAAAAUGGAGAUUUAUUUGGGUCAUGGUUCCAAGUCUGCUGCUGUAUGACUACUUCUUUGAUAGCUUAGCAAUACAAACUCCAGCUUUCUUCAAACAAACAGUAGAUGAGAUUCUCUUACUCUGCCUUGGAGACAUUCUGAAUUUUGACCUUCAAAUUCUAGUAGCACUUUCGACUUCAUAUGCAGAUAUCGAUAGAUGGAUGCUUUAUGUCCCCAGAAAUGGUGUCAAGGAGCUAUCUCUUUUACUGCCUGUUUAUAGUACUUAUAAAAGCAUUCUUAUGUAUUUAAUUGUCCAACCCUGA